UGAGGUUAUAUUUUGUUCGAAUUUGUUGUUGUUUGUUUUCAUUGGUUUUCAUAUACCAUUCAAAUUAUUAUACAUUUAUAUUUUAUUCCUAUAGCACCGAUUUUCUACUACAAAAUGUUUUAUAUAUCAUUUAAAUUUUGUUAUUUCAACGCGAGUUUAACUAGAGUUGCCAGAAAACACAAGUUGGUGGAAACAUACACCGAGGCAAAUGCAAAAGUUUUGUUGGAACUGUUUAAAUUUACAAAACAACACGUUAACGGACUACUGAUGAAAUACAAAACCUUGCACAAAAAAGAAACUGCAGAGCUAAUUGAAUCCUAUCAACUUUGUCAAAAAAUGGGUUUCACCAAGGAAGAUCUUCUCAAAUAUCCGCGACUUUUCCUUUAUCAUCCCGUAAUAAAUUAUCAUCACAGUUGUCUUUUUAAAGACGCUGGAAUCAAGAAAAUCGAUGCACCUUUACUAUGUAGAUCUAAAUUUUAUUUGCGCAAUAAGAUUUCCACAUUCAAGGAGCAAAAAUAUUUGCAACCAGAUGAAAAUAUUGUAGAUAAUUUAUUAAGUUGUUUAAAACCUUCUAUAGAAAAGCCAAAUAAAUUAAAUGAGGCAUUGGAAGACAUUGAUGAAAAGUCUUUGACACAAAUACACGAAACUAUUUUAAUUGACUGGUUAAAAACAAAACUAAAAAUAACCAAUGAGGAUCUAUCAAAGCUAUUAAGAAUCCACAAAAUGAUUAAAAAUAAAAGCUUCACCGUCAUCAAUGAAAACAUCGCAUUAGCUAAAUCUGUAGGCUUGAAAAAACCAAAAAUCUUAAAAUGCGGAUACUUGCUGAACAAUUAUCCAGAAUACCCAAAAACAAUGCUUCAAGACUCACCUCAUUUUGCUGGUGUAGAUUUUGCCAAAGCUUACAAAAACAAUCCCAAAUUGAUGAUGAUCAAUCCUAGAAAAAUCAAAGAAAUUUAUGCAAUUUUAAAGGAACACGAAGUGCCAGACGAGAUGAUACGUAAUAAACCAAAUGUAUUCACUUUGAGCCCAAUCACGUUGAAAAAACGUUUGGGUGCAAUUAAAAAUACUCCAGAAUUUGAAGUAUUUUCAAAGGACCCACAAAUGUUGACUUUGGUUUUGGGUUAUGAGAAAGCUGUAACUAGGCUUAGUUUUUUAAAAAAAUUGAAAUUACGAUGUACCAGUCUUAGUCACAUCAAUCUGCCAGAUGCAGAUUCUUUCUUGGAUUACAUACAAGAAGGCAAAGAUAUAAAUUCAACCCACAGUGCAGUUAAAUUUUUCAGUACACUGUUGGAUAAAACACGGCAAGAUGUUUAUAAAAUACUAAGAAAACAUCCCUAUUACAAUUGCGUGCCGUUUCUGGAUAUCGAAAGGACGUUCCAAUACCUGAAAAUGGCCGGAUACACCAAAGACAAUAUAGCUAGAAGUUUACUUAUUUUAUUAUAUCCAGAUUCCAAGGUGCAUUUGGUAAUGAAUCAGCUAAGAGAAGAUGAAUACUUGCAGUUUGGUAAUUUGAGUCAACACAAGCAGUUGCAGUUGGUUUUGUAUCGGAUCGAAAAGGAAUAUCAUUUUACUGGAAAAGGGAUUUGGAGUAACAUUGUAAAAACUGAUCAGAUGGACGAAAAGUUGUUAGAAUAAAUAAUAUAUUAUUA